CUGCUUCAUACUUGGGGAUCCAUCCAAAGUAACUUUUUCUAACAAGGUGAAUAUUUAAUAAACAUUAUAUAUUUGACUUAAAUAAUCAAAUUUUAGCUCAUAAUUGUACUGACAAUUACAUUAAAGCUGCAAUACCAUAUGAUUCAAACAUAACCAAUAUAAUAAAUAAAAAACAAAAACUAGAACUUAUUGCAGCCCAACAGAAAGCUUACUUAUUCUACUAAACAGAGAAACAUUCAGUCCAAAUUUGCUCUGAUAUCUGUGGGUGGUCAUGGUUAUUGGGAUGAGCCUCUUGAUUCUGGAGAAAUUUAUGAUCCUAUUACUAACAGAUGGGUAGAGAUUGCUCGACUACCUGCAGCCUUUGGGCCGGUUUGCUCUGGCACUGUCUGCAAUUGUAUGUUCUAUGUCUAUUCUGAAACAGACAAACUUGCAGGAUUUGAUCUUGAGAAGGGCUAUUGGAUGAUGAUACAAGUUCACCGUCCUCCUCUACGGCUUCCGGAUUAUUACCCUAAGCUCGGGUCUUGCCGGACUCGAUUGUUUAUGUUGUGCGUAUCCUGGUGCGACUAUGAUGGCCUGCUUAAUAGGAGGGAGAAAGCUGUAAGAAAGAUGUGGGAGUUAGAUCUGAAGUCUAAUUCAUGGAGUGAGGUCUCCAGGCACCCAGAUGCUCCCAUGGACUGGAAUGCUUCAUUUUUUGCAGAUCAAAACAAGAUUUAUGGUGUUGAGAUGUUCAGAAUAUUUGGCCAAGUUUUGGACUUUGUCACUGCUUGCAAUGUUUCUGACUCUGAAAUCAAGUGGAGUAGAAUUUCCAGGAAACAUGCAGCCCAUGAAGCUGAUGCUUCUUCAUGUAUUACAAAGUUAAUGCUGGUGAUGAAUCUCUGAGGUCAACCCAACCAAAGCUUUUGAUGUCAUUUUCUGCAUUGAAAUUUAUCUUGUCGUAUGACUUCUUGUUGUAGGUUGUAAGCAGAAUCUGGUUUCAUGGUUUUUAU